AUGGCGCUGGAGAACUCGGACUUCCCCUCCCGCCCGGACUCUCUCUCGCUCCCUGUGGAGGACAAGGGGGAAGGGGAAGAAGUGGAGGUGGCCACUGAGGCCAAAGCCUCCACCGGAGUCUUCAACCUAUCGGAGGAGCUGGGCCAUGUGGUCACUACAGAAACGGCACCGUCCCCUCCGCCCUUAGCCAAGGUCAAUAGGUCGUUCCAGGCCAAGCUGGCUGAGCGCGAGGCCACCGCCAAUCAGCCCAGGAAGAAGACUCAGGGGACAGAGAAGGAGAGGGGACGAUUUGGGUGGGUCCGGACUCGGCGUAAGAGACAGCGCUAUGUGGAGAAGAACGGUCGCUGCAAUGUGCAGCACGGUAACAUGCGGGAGACUUACCGCUACCUGACUGACAUCUUCACCACGCUGGUGGACCUCAACUGGCGCUGCUCGCUCUUUGUCUUUGUCAUGGCCUACGCUGUGACAUGGCUUUUCUUCGGGGCCAUCUGGUACCUCAUAGCCUACUGUAGGGGUGAUCUGGACCAUCUGGAGGAUGCCACGUGGACACCGUGCGUCAACAACGUCAAUGGCUUCAUCUCGGCCUUCCUCUUCUCCAUCGAGACAGAGACCACCAUCGGCUACGGCCACCGCGUCAUCACCGACCAGUGUCCAGUGGGCACCAUGCUGCUGCUGCUCCAAGCUAUACUGGGCUCAAUGGUCAAUGCCUUCAUGGUCGGCUGUAUGUUUGUAAAGAUCUCACAGCCCAACAAAAGGGCAGAGACACUGGUGUUCUCCAAACAUGCCGUCAUCUCCCGGAGAGACGACAAGCUCUGUCUGAUGUUCAGGGUGGGCGACCUUCGGAGCUCCCACAUCGUGGGGGCCAACAUGAGGGCCAAGCUAAUCAAAUCCAAACAGACUCAGGAGGGGGAGUUCAUCCCGCUGGACCAGACAGACAUCAGCGUGGGCUUCGAGACAGGCGAUGAUCGGCUCUUCCUGGUCUCGCCGCUGGUGAUCUCCCAUGAGAUUGACGCACAUUCACCCUUCUGGGACAUGUCGCAGUCCCAGCUGGAGAAGGAGGACUUCGAGAUUGUGGUCAUCCUGGAGGGAAUGGUGGAGGCAACCGGGAUGACGUGCCAGGCGAGGAGCUCCUAUCUAGCAGAGGAGGUGUGCUGGGGUCACAGGUUCAGUCCGAUGAUGUCACUGGCAGAGGGCUUCUUUGACAUCGACUACGGAGCAUUUCACCACACGUUUGAGGUGGACACGCCCUCCUGCUCAGCACGAGAGCUCUCAUUGGCUGCAGCCAGACUCGACGCUCACCUCUACUGGUCCAUCUCCAGCAGGCUGGAUGAAGAGCCCACCCUGACCAACCAGGCGGCCAAGCAUCCGGACAGCGGCUCGGCCAGCAGCAAAGGAGGGGAGCCGACCUUCAUCGUCGGAGAGAUGACUGACAUCCAGGAGCAAACAGGACCGGGCGAGCUGAACGGCUGCAUCGCCACCGAUCAAUCCGAAUCAGAGGCCUAGAACAGAGAAUGUUUACAAAGACCUUCAGUAUAUCACCACCACACCACAAUUAGUGUUUGCAGACCUUUUCUUUCAAGGCAAAUGAAUAGUUUCAUUAGGUUCAGUUCCACACUAUAUGCCAUAUCAUAGGAGUUUAUUUCUUGAUGUUCUUGUCUUUUAUUUCUGUGUUGAUCUUUGUGAAGAUUCACAGUCAUCCAGGUCAUAGUUAUCCAAGGUGGGUUAAAAUCAAGGAAAACUUGACUUGGUUGAAAAUGCUUCAAGUGUCUUCAACCGUUGGGUAUGUUGAUCUUUGUUACAAGUGUAGUGUAUCUAUGAUAUCUCUUUUCGAUCUGUUGUGUUAGCUCCAAUCACCCUUGCCUAUAUCUACAUUUAAAUGACAAUACUGUGCUUUAGGCAGGGACAACAAUAGAACAUCCUGUGCACCAAGGCUAAAUGCUAAACAGAAAGAGGUCAUUUGUCUUAUUGGGCAAAAAGGUGACAAGGUGGUUUGUUUGUGCACAUUGUGGGAUUGUUCACGUUUAAAAUAGGUAAGGUGCCUAGACACAUUAGUUUCACCUGCGCAUGAAUAUCACUAGAUGAUAUUAAGGUAUAGGCUGAAAUUUUAGAAAUCUUAAAUUUCUUUAGAUGCAAAGAUUGUUCUAAGAUUUAUCAUAUAUCCAUCAGGUGUUAACAGAAAAGAACCAACACACAGCCUCUGGUAUAUUUGUCUUCUCUGGUAGAAACUUCAAACCAUCAUUUGGUGCUAGAAAAAUGUUUGAAAGCUGGUACCCGCCAUGGGUGGAAACGAUUUCUUAUCUUCUGGAGGCACCGAGUAUUAUGUUUGUUAAACAGUAACUUAUCACCAUGCUUAAAAAAAAAUGUGUUUUGCUGCUUUCUCUGGUUGAAAGUUUCCUGCCUGUUUAACCUCCGACCCAGCAUCACUGUUGGCUGUAGUCAUAAAUGUGCUCUGUUGCAUAUGUAACCCCAACAGAGCACACAUGUACAUCACUACAGCAAGGUGAGAAGUUAAGUCUCUGGAGAAAAGCAAAAACAAGAUUUUAAGUAAGUGUUUAGUUACUCUUUAAUAACACUAAUAUUAUUGCUGCUGAUGUUGCUAACUGCACUCACAUUAUGGUGAUUAGGGAUAUCUAUCUAAAACCUUUAACAUAGACACAGUUUAACACUUGAUCGUGUCUGUGGCUUCGUUUCACAUAUGUUCACGUAGCACAGGGAUUAUCUGUCUUUUGUCCCCAGCCAAGUAGAAAUUAAAAGCACAGCGUCCUGCUCAGUUCAACAAACUCCAAACUCCUGCUUCUGCUGCUGUGUAUAUAUGUGACCAUUUUUACUUGAUGUUUUUAAUAUGUAAUAUACCACAUCAAUCAGAAAUAAUAAACUACAGUAUAUUCCAGA